AUGGCUCACGUGAGUGGUGGUGAAUCGAUCAAUAGUACCGAUUCCAAAGAAAAACUGGGAACAUGUGGAAACUGCCACUAUACAGAAUUGACGCCAUCUCAACGAAUACGGAUCGUAUUAUUCAGGGAAUGCAGAUUCAAAGAGAGGCAGUUAUUAUUUGAUUCCUUGUCAACACCAAAUCAGUCAAAGAACAUUAAAUAUACGGAUAGGAGUGAAUCAAAUGAUGAUAAUGUGGGCAAAAUUGGCCCAUUGAUUCGAAGAAACAGUGAGGAGUUCAGUCAUCUGACUGACCUGAUUUUCGGUUCAACAGCUUUGAAAUACCAUGAAACUUAUUACAAAAUUCAUAGCAUAUCGUCUCCACAACGUAUGAUUUUUACUCAGGUUUUCAUUCCACAGCGUCGAAGAAGUUUAAAAAAGUGCUCUGGCUUAUCAUUGUCCAAAUCCGGUUUACUGGAACUCCAAAAUUCAUUUUCCAGUCCAAAAUUGCCGUCUACACAAAGCGAAAUUUCAAGCUAUGAUUCAUUUUCCAUUUUUCGGAGAGAUUCUAAACCAACCCCAAAUUCAACUAGUACCACAAUGGACUCAGGGUUUUCGGAACUUAGUUUGGCAAGUUCCUCUUCGAGUCGGUUUUUUGAAAAUUCAUCGCGACGAAAUUCUUAUGAACCAUCUGAUACAUCCCUAGAUUUCCAUAAUUCUUCAAAAGAUUUCUGUGUGGGAUAUUCCAAAUUAGGCUUAGCUUUGAUAGUUGCUGUAGGUACAGAUAAUGAUACAUACAAGGAUAAAUACAUGCAGAAUAUUACAUUUAUAGAAUCAAUCUUAACGCGUCUUAGGCAAUACGUAGAAAUUGCUUUGAGCACGCCAAGCUAUUUCAUCUCUGUCUUGAUCGACAUCUCCAAAGAUACUGCAUUGUGGCUGAUUGAUUUUGCAAACGAUAUACAUUCUUGGACCACAAAAGCCGAAAAAAAUAAAUGUGAUAAAAAAUGCAACUGCAGAAAUUCUAGUGUAGAAAUAUUCAAUAAAAGUUGGAGUAUUCUGAAGUUCCCAAUGAAUAUAUUUUUCAAGAAAGAAAUCAAUGAGGAAUUUGUGAGUUUCUGUAAAGUGAUAAAUGACUUUGAUGUGAAAGAAACAAAUUUCUUUUUGAGUACGCUAUUAACAUCAGUGCUGAUGCACCAUACAGGGUGGGUAGCGACUUGUUUCGCUGCUCAAAGUACAAAACUAAAAUUGAAUAGUUCAUACCACGCUGUGUGGAUGCAAUUAACGAACCUCCAAGGAUCCACAGGUUACUUAACCAAGACGACAAGAACAGUUGUGUAUGGUUUAAAGAGCGAAAAUGUAAUUAAGCGACUGUUAAACUUCCUUCGAUACUUUAUUAGGUAUUUUAGAGUGCAGAGAAGAUAUGUAGAACGUGAUAAUAUCGAUGAAGAAAAUAAAUUAGUGGAUGAAAUAUGUGAAAGAGAAAAAAACAUGCGUGACAAUGAACAACCGAUAAUAAGAGACAAUAAUUCGGGCAUGAGGAAAUCAAAAGCUUUCAGAAUGGAUUUGUCCAAAAUUGUUUCAUCUGAAGAAGAAACCAAGCUGGAUAUUGAGACUGAGGACGUAAAAAAAUCCGUAUUAUUCAUUCUUGGUGAAGAUGAAGAGCUUAUGAACUUGAAGAAGACACCUAGGAAACUAUCCAGCGAACAUAAAAAAAUUAGCAAUAACAAAUCUGUUGAGAACAUAGACAGAUGUACAGAACAAUCUAAAACCCUAAAAAUCACCAAGUUUCCUUUACCAAAGGUGAAAUUUAGCGAGGAUUACUUGGACAUGAUGCCAUUUGAAUUUACAUUUCAGGACAGUUCACUUGACAAAUUUUCACCUGAACUGAUGCUCCAAGGAACCGAAAUGCCUGAGGAAAAGUGGAAACCUAUAUUGAAAACCGAUCUCACCAACACGAAUAGAGAAACCGUAGAUGAAUCGGUUGCUAUUUUAGCAAAUACCGACAAAUGGAAACUACAAGUUUGGUCUAGUAAGAGAGAAAAAUUUACAUGUGGCCAUGGAGAUCACCUGGACAGCUCUCCAUUAGUUGAAAAUAUGUUGGAAGUAAUCUUACAAAUGUGGAAAUCAAACCUGUCCAAGCAAUAUUGUGAAACUUUUAUGGAACAACGUCUAUUGGAAAUUUGCCUGAAAGCCAGUACCCUAGCACAGUUCCUUCUGAGCACAGACUUUUGUUCAAUGGAUCUCAUCGAAUCGACUCUUAAUCUCAAUGUACUGGAUGUUCCCUUACUCAUGUGUGUAGGAUCCAGUAUUUAUCCUGAAGUUACCCGAAAAUAUGGCAUCAGUUAUCAGUGA